AUGGCAGCCGAUAAGUUGUUCAGUGUGGCUGAUGUCGCCCUCCACAAAGACAGAACUGACCUAUGGGUCAUCAUUCAUGGAAAAGUCUACGACCUUACUACAUACGUGCGAGAUCACCCUGGCGGUGCAGAUGUCCUGUACGAUGUUGCUGGAGCCGAUGCGACCGAAGCAUAUGAAGAAGUCGGCCAUUCGGAGGAUGCGGACGAGAUCUUGAAGACCUUUUUGAUUGGCACAGUGGACGGCGCCGAACCGACCAAAGCUCCUAAGAAGGUUGUUCGUCUAGUCCAGCCGACCAAUACAAAGAAGGAGACUGUUAAAAAAUCAGGGUCUUCUGCUGGUGCAGUUGCCUUGGUGAUCGGCUCCAUUACUGGUGGCGCGGGACUCUACUUUGCUUCUCAGCACCAUCUCAAGCUACAAAAUAUCUUGCCCAAGCUUUCCUUGUCCCUGCCUUCUGCGCCGUCGCUACGGUCAACAUCGAGUCUUACCCUGUCGCGGGGAGGAUUCUUUACCGGAUUUGCUGUCGCUACCUCUGCGUGUGCGGUGAUUGGCACCUUUGUUGCCGCCAAGCUUUCAAAAAUGACUCAAAUCGAGUCUGGAUUCACCAAAUAUCCUGCUCAUUUGAAGAGUCGACCUGUGCCGAAGGCGGAUCCUGGGCUUGCCCGCGGUUACUUACAGCCUAAGGAAUACAGAGCUCUUCCCCUAGUCAAAAAAGAGCAGCUUUCGCCGAACGUUUUCCGAUUUGUUUACCAGCUGCCACAGGAAACUGAUGUCAUCGGCAUUCCAAUCGGUCAGCAUUGUGCUAUCAAAGCCAGUAUUGACGGAAAAGAUGUCACUCGGUCUUACACCCCAACCUCUAAUAAUACAGACCUAGGUAGGCUGGAGCUGGUCAUCAAGUGCUACCCUGACGGAGCCCUGACUGGAAAGUAUCUUGCCAAUCUGAAGGUCGGGGAUAAGACACUCUUCCGCGGCCCUAAGGGUGCAAUGAAGUACAAGAGAGGUGUCUGCAAGAAGAUUGGAAUGGUCUGUGGUGGCACUGGAAUCACUCCUAUGUACCAGCUUAUUCGCGCUAUCUGCGAAGACGAAGACGACACAACGGAAGUCAGUCUCAUCCUCGCGAACCGCACCGAGGAGGACAUUCUUCUAAGAAAAGAACUCGAAAAAUUCGCCCGGAAUCACCCUAAAAACUUCAAGCUCUGGUAUAUGCUCGACAAGCCUCCACAGGACUGGGCCUAUGGUAAGGGCUUUGUCACUAAAGAUGUUAUGGCUGCCAAGCUCCCAGCGCCUUCUCCCGACACCAAAAUCAUGCUCUGUGGACCGCCUGGCAUGGUUAAAGCUGCCCAGACUGCUUUGGUAUCCAUGGGCUUCCAGGCUCCUGGAUCUAUCGCAAAGAUGACCGAUCAGAUCUUCCUCUUUUAG